AAAACGUCAAAUAUCUACCCCAUUUCCCAAUAAAAGAAUCCCAUAUCCCCAGCCUUAUAUAUAUAUAUUUGGAUUGGGGGUCCUUCACUAGGGGAUUAUCAUAUAUGGGGGUCCUAGGCAUUGAAAAGUUUGAAAACCAUCCACUGGACCAUAUAUAGAGAAUAGGCUCUUGAUAAGAAGAGGAUUCUCUGCCUAUAGAACCAUUGAAAAUGAUAUUUAAUGUUCAAUUAUUUUGUCUGUCCUGCUGACAGAAUGUAGAGCAGUUAUUAACCUCCAUGAAGAUUUGUUUUUAUAAUGCAGGAAAUAUUGAGCCAGACAAGGAGAGACACUACUGGAGUGAAAUCGGAAGUUAAUCAAUACAUCAUUGGCUCCUGUUCGAAUGUAAUGAAGGCGAUACACAUGUUGGUAACAGCUGCAGAGAGACAUUGUGGAAAGUGGCCGGGUAAGAAUUGAGAGCAUGGGUAUCUGAUGUGUUCAGAUCAUUUUAAUAUCUAUCUGUCCGUCCAUCCAAUCAUAUUUAUUCAGACACAGAACACAGGGUUUCGUAUGUUUUUUCUCUCUUAGGGUGCUGGAUCUGUCAAAGACUUCUAUGCCAAAAAUUCCCGUUGGACUGAAGGUCUCAUCUCUGCAUCAAAGGCUGUAGGAUGGGGAGUCACAGAUACUAUGAGUAACAUUAAUUGGUGACUGAAGGAGGUAAAUAUGAAGAGCUGAUUGUGUGCUCUCAUGAGAUCGCAGCCAGUACGGCUCAGCUCGUCACUGCUUCAAAGGUAAAGGUAGAUAGAGGCAGAUAGAGGCAACAAGAAGCUCCAAACUCUGCAACAGGCCUCACGUCACAUGAACGACAUGGCCGCUGUUGUGGUGACGUCAACUAAGGCAGGCCAGAUGCAGAUUGAGGAGAAGAACUCCAUGGACUUCUCAGUCAUGUCCCUUAUAAAGAUAAAAACAGAAGAAAUGGAUUUCCAGGUGAGAGGUGUACGGCUGGGAGAACUCAGGAAAAGACACUACGACAUGGGAGGAAUCCCAAUGGCCUCGUCUUCAGAUAAAGCAAUGGAUAAUUUUGACAGUUCACUGCCUACUCAUUAUCCUGACCUGCCCACAAUGGAACCGCCCAGUUUGGAACCAUUCAGACUGGACCCGCCCCGACUGAAACCACCCACACCUGAGCCAACCAAAAGCUCUAAACAAACUUCAAUCUCUUCAUACUUCUUCAAUUUCAAUUUCUUUCAUAAAUCAGGCAGCAUCUUCAAGAAUGCAUUUAGGUAAAAGGAGCCCACGGUCAAGGUGUAUUAAGAAGAAACCACCAGAAAUUAAUGUACAUUAUUACGAAGCAAAGCCCACUUCACACUUUUUAAUGGUUAGACAGUGCACUGGGGGUAGGAAGGUUUCAAUAAAUAAAAAAAAUGAUACCAGGAUCAUUUAUACUAACAUUCACUGAACCACUGAAAUGAAGACUUUCUAUCAGGUAACUGAUUAUUAUGGACAUUUUCAACAAGAACCUGGGUCAGGAUGUAGAUGGCUGAUACCAUAUUGAGGACCUUUAUAUACCUGUACUGGCCGCUGUUAAUAGUUGUUAAUUUUUUACCUUUUUAAACUAUUCUUUUUAAUGCAUUUCAACAAAAUAUGAAGUUUGUGUGUGUUAUUUUUAACACUGAUAUAUACAGUGUAUAUGUGCUCUCAUGAGCGCACACAAUCAGAUACGAGAACAACUCUUGAAACUGACUACCUUCAAAAAGACAAAACUAUAUUGAUCAAAUUCUAUUAACAUUUUAACAUGUUUGUACUACAGUCAUUAAGUUACUGUAACAGUAACUGUAGUAACUGUAGUAUGUUGCAGAUUCUAAUUAAUUAUCUAUUAGUAGAAUGA